AUGACUAUGCAUUUUCAAGCUAGUCAAUACCUACAGUUCCUAAGAUUUCAUAUCUGCCCCCUCCCUCCCUCCUUUCACAUCAGUGAAGUCCAAGAGCGACAGAGAGGAUGGCUGGGGGCACUUGUGGGGGCUCCAGGUUCCCGCCAAGUCUCCCAGCCUGAGGUUCACAGUCCUGGUCUGAGGUGGGUGGGGGGCAGAAAGGUGCUCUGCCAGGAGAGGGGCCAGGCCAGGAGACCAGUACUCCUGGGGCAUCGCUGCCUGCUGGAGCAGACACACCGCCUCUGUUGUUCAGUUGCUAUGUCGUGUCCGACUCUUUGUGACCUCAUGGACUGCAGCACACUAGGCUUCCCUGUCCUUCAUUAUCUCCCUGGGUUUGCUCAAACUCAUGUCCCUUGGGUCCGUGAUACCAUCCAACCAUCUCAUCCUCUCUCAUCCCCUUCUCCUCCUGCCCUCAAUCUUUCCCAACAUCAGGGUCUUUUCCAGUGA